CCCGCCAUGGCGCCUGAGGAGAUCGCUGAGGCUGCGGUCCUGCUGCAAAGUUUCGAGCGCCGCUUCUUGGCGGCGCGCGCCCUGAGCUCUUUCCCCUGGCAGAGCCUAGAAGAGAAAUUAAGGGACUCAUCAGGUCCUGAGCUGCUGCUGGAUAUUUUGCAGAAGACCGUGAAGCAUCCUCUGUGCAUGAAGCAUCCACCGUCAGUGAAGUAUGCCUGGAGUUUUCUCUCAGAGCUCAUCAGAAAGCACGAGGCUAUCCACACGGAGCCUUUGGACGAGCUGUACGAGGCGUUGGCGGAGGUCCUGACGGCCGAGGAGCCCACCCAGUGCCACCGGAGCUACCUGCUGCCCUCCGGGGUCUCUAUCACACUCUGCGAGAGCACGGCCAUCAUUUCCCACGGCACCACGGGCCUGGUCACGUGGAAUGCCGCACUUUACCUGGCGGAGUGGGCCAUGGAGAACCCAGCGGGCUUUGCUCACAGGACUGUCUUAGAGCUUGGCAGUGGAGCCGGCCUCACGGGCCUGGCCAUUUGCAAGAUGUGCCGGCCCAGAGCAUAUGUCUUCAGCGACUGUCACAGCCGUGUCCUCGAGCAGCUCCAAGGGAACGUCCUUCUCAACGGCCUCUCAUUGGAGCCAAAUGUCGCCGCCCUGGCCCAGCACCCAGAACACGACACCGCCGAUGCAGAGAGCCCCAGGGUGACGGUGGCCCGGGUGGACUGGGACGUUGUGACGGUCCCUCAGCUUGCUGCCUUCCAGCCGGACAUCGUCAUUGCCGCAGAUGUGCUAUAUUGCCCAGAAACUGUCCUCUCCCUGGUCGGGGUCCUGCAGAAGCUCUCUGCCUGCCAGAAGGACCAGCGGGUUCCUGACGCCUACGUUGCCUUCACCAUCCGCAACCCGGAGACACGUCAGCUGUUCACCACGGAGCUGGGCCGGGCUGGAAUCCUGUGGGAAGAAGUGCCUCGUCACGACCAGAAACUGUUUCCCUAUGAAGAGCACUCGGAGAUGGCAAUUCUGAAACUAAUGCUGUAGAUUUAUAAAUGGUUUUGAAGAAUAAUGUGAAAAUUAAAUCACUGUUCUGGAAAGAAUGUGAUAAAACUUGCACUGGACUUGAAUGUUUGAAGAAUGUUAAAUUCUGAAUCGGGAACCACAGACUGUUCGAAUAAAAUAUAAACUG